UCCGUCAUUACUGAAAGCCCCUUUAGCACUCGAAUUAAGUUAUUCAGCUUCGACCCUUGGUUCGUAAACAGACAAACGUCCACAACUAAUUCCCUACACGAGUAAACUUCACGUCACAUCGUAUGUUUAAUCGGUACAAUUUGAAUAAUGGCGCAGACGUCAGCGGCAGUCGCGCGCGCCGCAAUGUUGUACAAACAAUCCGACAGUUUCCCAAACAUCCGAGAGGCUGUAAUUUCACUCUCGUAAACUAGACCUUACUUAUUAUAAAACGGGGUGACGGUGUGUUUUCAGUCGGUCAACGAAUUUUACCCCGAUUUUUGUGACUUAUAUUAAAUUUAGAAGCGCGGAUUUUAAUUUCCCGUUCAUAUUUAAAGAUAGGGAUUUUCGCUGGCUUUAAUUAACUUCAUAUAAUAAGCAGAUUUUUAAUGUGAUUUUAUUCUUACUUUAUUUUGUUUUUGUUUUGUAAAUUAAAUCAUACGUCGUUUUUAAGGGAGAUAGCCAAAUUUAGCCCGUAGAAUCACAGAUUUUCCGCCUUUUUUGCUCGAAUAAAGUUCCUAAGUUAGACUAAGUAUAUAAAAGUGAUGGGAGACUUCAGAGUGCGAGGGUUGUUCAACAUGUUGAUGACGAGUCUCACAGUGGGGGUGAUGGGCACAAGGCUGGGCACGUGCCCCGUCUACCCACAGCAGCCGAACUUCCAAAUACAGAAGAUGACAGGCACAUGGUACGAAGUAGAACGCUCUUUCUACCUGAUGGAGAUGACCGCUAGCUGCACCGAGCUUCAUGUGACGUUGAACGAACGAGGGUACUACCUCAUCGCCGUCACCACUGUCAACAGAUGGACAGGAUCGCCAGCCACAACCUACGGCGUGGGCAUCCCGAACCACAACGGCUCCUCCUCCUUCCGCUACAAGCUGAACAAUCGCAUGCCCUACAUCAUAGGACGAAUGCUACCAGGCGCGGGGCAAUACAGCAUACUGUUCACCGACUACGAUCACUUUGCCGUCGUGUGGUCCUGCACCUCCGUGUCCAUCAUGCACAACGAUCGGUUUUGGAUCUUGGGGCGGCGGCGCGAGCUAAGCGCGGAGCUGCGCGCCAACAUCUACGCGCUGUUGCAGGAGCUGCGGCUCGAUCCCGACCGCCUGCUGCUCUCCAAGAACAGCAACUGCGUCGACAGCCCCGACCAGAUAUUAAAGUAAUACUUCUAA